CUCUCUACAAAAAAAACACCAUAACUUUCUCUAACUUCACUCCCUUUAACCCACAUUUCCCUCACUCACACUUCUCUCUCUCUCUCUCUCUAAAAAUAUCUCCGGCGAGAAUCCACCGGAGAACGCUGUGAUUACGUCCUCAUGGAGGCGGAAGCACCGGAAUUCUUCCACGCGCCCGAUCACUUCGCCGUCGAUGAUCUCUUGGUCGAUUUCUCCGACCAUGACGACGACGACGAUGAAAACGAUGUCCUUCCUGACCCCGACGCUGACGUGGCCACAGCCCUCGCCGACAGCUCCAACUCGUCCUCCUCCUCAGGCAAUGGCCCCACCAACUUAUCCGGCGACGUUCCCGACGGUACCAGCUUCUCCGGCGACCUCGGCGUUCCGUACGAUGAUAUGGCGGAGCUGGAGUGGCUGUCGAGUUUCGUUGAGGAAUCGUUCGCAGGCGAAGACGUUCAAAAGCUGCACCUCAUCUCCGGCUUCACCAAGACCCGACCCGAAUCCUCCAACCCGAACCCGAAUUCCACCAACAGCUCCAUUUUCACCGCCGACGUCUCCGUUCCGGCGAAGGCCCGUAGCAAACGUUCACGCGCCGCCGCCUCCAACUGGGCAUCCCGCCGCCUUCUCGCCGUCGACCCUAACACGAACCCCACCGAACCCGACGACCCCUCCAUGGCCGUCUUCCCUCAAUCUCCUCCGCCGCCGCAGACCCAGAAAAAGUCCGGCGGUUGGUCGAGGAGGAAGGACGCCGGAGAGGGCGGCGGAGAGGAGAGGCGGUGCCUGCACUGCGCCACCGACAAGACGCCGCAGUGGAGGACUGGUCCGAUGGGUCCGAAGACGCUGUGCAACGCGUGCGGAGUGAGGUACAAGUCAGGGAGGUUGGUGCCGGAGUACAGGCCGGCGGCGAGCCCGACAUUUGUGCUGACGAAGCACUCCAAUUCUCACCGGAAGGUUAUGGAGCUCCGGCGACAGAAGGAGAUGAUGAGGGUCCAGCAUGAGUUCUUGCAUCCGACGGAUGAUAUGAUCUUUGACGUCUCAUCCGACAGUGACCACUUCUUGAUCCACCAGAGCAUCGGCCCUGAUUUCAGACAGCUGAUUUGAAGCACCUUAAUGUUCUCUCCUUUUUUUUUUUUUAUUAAAACAAUUUUCUUUUCUUUAGAUCAAUUUUUUUUUGCUAAUUUUCAUUAUCAUGUGUUUUUUUCCCUCUUUUUUGUGUUUCUUGGGAUUUGGUAGAAAUUUUUGUUGCUCUAAUAUGAAUUGGAGUUUAGUUUUUA